GGUACCAUGUGAAUACAAAAACCAAAAUCUAGCCUUGCGUGUGGAAGAAUCGAGCCAAAAGCCACAUUACUUAGCAAUCAAAAUUCUGUAUCAAGGUGGUCAGACAGAAAUAGUAGCCAUUGAUGUUGCUCAGGUCGGUUCUUCAAAUUGGAGUUUCCUGACUCGAAACAAUGGGGCAAUCUGGGACACGAGUAGGGUUCCGGCAGGGGACCUACAGUUCCGGUUCUUGGUGACGGCCGGGUACGAUGGGAAGACGGUUUGGGCAAAGAAUGUGCUCCCUGCUAACUGGAAACCUGGGGUGAUAUAUGACACAAAAGUUCAAAUCAGUGACAUUGCAAAAGAUGGUUGCUCUCCUUGUGAUGAUGGGAACUGGAAAUGA